AUGGACGGGCAGGCGGGCGCCUCUCUCCACCCCAGGGGUCAGCUGGAGAAGAUGACCCUGCGCAGGCAGCUGGAGGCCCUCAGCGUCUUCCAGUGGGUGCUGACCUUCCUCUUCUUCGGCCCCUUCUUCACCCUGCUUCUUAUCUACCUGCUCUUCACCUCCUUCUGGUCCCUGAGUGUGCUGUACUUCAUCUGGUGGAUUGUGGACUUGGACACCCCCCUGCAAGGGGGCCGUCGUAGUGACUGGAUGAGGCGCUGGAAGGUCUGGGAGCUGCACCGGGACUAUUUCCCCAUCAAGCUGGUGAAGACUGCCGAACUGCCGCCCACCAGGAAUUACAUCCUGGGCUCCCACCCCCACGGCAUCAUCUGUGCGGGAGCCUUUUCUGCCUUCAGCACAGAGGCCUGUGGCUUCUCCCGGGCCUUUCCCGGCCUGACCAGCAGCCUGGCCCUCCUGGCUGGCCUCUUCUACCUGCCCGUGUAUCGCGAGUACAUGAUGAGCUCAGGGAUGGUGCCAGUCAGCAAGAAGUCCCUGGACUUCCUGCUCCGAACGGGGCCUGGACAUGCGGUGGUCAUUGUGGUGGGCGGGGCCUCAGAGUCCCUGGACUGCAACCCGGGCGAGCAGCGGCUGCAUCUUUCAGGCAGGCGAGGCUUCGUGCGGCUGGCGCUGCAGCACGGGGCAGACCUCGUCCCCGUUUUCUCCUUUGGGGAGAACGACAUUUUCCGGCAGGUGCAGUUCCCCGAGGGCAGCCUCCUCCGGCGUCUCCAGCAUCGCUUCAAGCAGCUGGCCGGCUUCGCUCCCUGCCUUUUCGUGGGACGCAGCCUCUUCUUCCGCCACUGCUGGGGGCUCCUGCCCCAACCAUCCCCCAUCACGGUUGUGGUGGGGAAGCCGAUCCCUGUCCCUUUGCGCCCACGCCCCAACCCGGAGGAGGUGGACCGCUACCACGCCCUCUACGUCCAGGCACUGCAGCAACUCUUCGAGGAGCACAAGGGCAACGGUGGCCUCCCCCCCUCGCAGCAGCUCUUAAUCACCUAG